UGCUGUGGUCAUAUGAUCACACAAACAUGGCGGCAGUUUGUGGCAACCGGCGGCUCACCGUCGUAGUUUUACUAGCGUUUACUAUUUAUUCUUCGGUGCUUAGCGCGAAUGUCGAAGUUCCAGCCUACUUUUGGGGUUCUGAAAGUGGCUUGAAGAAAAUCCCGCAAGUGGGUUCAUUCGACAAGGUUGAGCCAACUACUUUCGGAAACUCGGUGGCCAAGCUCGUCGCCCAAGAAAAUGCCGUGGUCGUGGCGUUUGUGCAGGACAAGCUCAGUGCAGAAGACCUCUCCAGGGCAUCCAGUGAUGACCGAAGCUACAAGUACCUAAAGGAUGCCUUUGGCAAAGAGCAUGUGCUUGUGCUGCCCUCUGUGGAAAAUCCUGUUGAUGCGCUCACAUCGCACGGUGGCCUCGUGGUGACGCGCCUCAACAUCCCCGACGUUGGAGCAGUGCAGUCUGCCCUGGACGGCCUGCACGACGGCAGCCAGGUGUUGCUGGUGGACUUGCCUCGAACCGUCGGCGUUGAGAGUCGGUUAUCAGCGCUCCAGCAGGCUGAUACCAUCAUGGAGGCCACCAUGCAAGCCCUGUCAUCGGGAGGCAAGAAGUUAUUUGGCCUGUACACGGGCAGAGAUUUGGCAUCGCCAAUGUUGGAGGCGGCUCACUUGACCCGCUCCCGCCGCCACCUGCUGGCCGUGCCUGAGGCAGCGCCAUCUAACGAAACUUCGGGCGUGAUCAUGGUGCGCAAGGACUGUAUGCUCAUGUACGGCCGCUCGGUCACCGUCUCCUUCACCGAGGAUCCCAAGGCAGCCUCGUUCAACUCGGUCACCUACAACGACACGCUGAGUCCUAUGCCUGUGCCUCAGUGUAGCUCGGACAAACAGCACGCCAACAUCACUUUGAAGUUCCCAGAUUCCGGACUUGUCAAGGGCUUCAGCGUCUCGAUGGUGUUCAAGUAUGAUUAUCGUGGUGGCUAUGCCCUCUCCGAGAUGAAUGCCACUCUGAAAGACUACAAGGACCUGCAGAUGCGGGUCAAGGACCUCUGGUGGCCCCGAGGCUUCUCCUUCUCCUGCUCCUUGUCGCCAUUCCGGCAGUACAAUGCUACCAAGCUGCCGCAGUUGCAGCUGCAGCUGGACACCUUCCAAGUCGAGCUUGUCCAGAAUAACACUGGUCAAUUCUCGGAAAGCUAUGACUGUGCAGGCUUCUUCACCACGGUCAUCUGGAUGGGCCUGCUGGUUGUGCUGCUGUACCUCGUCAUUCUGGGCACGGGUGUGUUCUUCAUCUACGACAUCCGCACAAACGACCGCUUCGACGACCCCAAGGGCAAGACUAUCACAGUCACAGCCACCGAUUGAUCCCUUUCUUGUCUCGUGUUCCUGUUGUUGUGCCCCUCCCCCCUCACUGAUGUUAGUCGUCGUCAUAAUGAAAGUAUAGCAGUGUUCUGCGUGGAACACGUUUUCGUUAUAUAAAUAGCUCCUGGCUGAUUGUUAAUGUGGUAACAGAAGUUGGUGGUCCUCUUUUUCUUAAUAUUUUUGUCGGGCUUCAGGCUUGUGGUGAAUUCCGAGGGCAAAGUUUGAGCCGACAGUGAAAGUUUCAUCUUGUGAAAAUAUGCAGAAUGUUGCAAACAGAAGCCGCCUUGUUUCAGAAUGUUCCACUUUUUUCCAUUUCUGUUGAGCAGCUAUUGCUGUGCCCACUGAACCAUUGCGUAAUGAUCUUUCGUGUUAUACAGAUGCAGUGGAUGUCAGUUCCUGUUGAAUGUAUGUUUUAUGUCCCACUGCCAAGCGCUUUAUUGGUUACACGAGCUGAAAUAGUAUGUACACAUCGUCGUGAAAAGUUGUUUUACUCUAUUUGUUCUGAAUGGUGAACUUUUGUUUUGAAUUUGAGUAAAUGGUUAUUGCCAGCCGUGGAAGAACGUUUUGGCAAACUUAGUUUGGAAAGCCUGUAAAAAUAGUGAUGAGCGUCGAUUAGAAAAUGGGGGCAGUGCUCUACUUGUAUAUAGUACAUAGCAUUAUAUUUUUUUCUUGUGAAUAUUUCUUUUUUUUCGGUCUUACUGUAGUCUUGUAGAUAGCAUGUGGCCACUUGGAAUUCUAUUUGCAGGCCUACUUAGCAAGAAAAAAGGGUUAUUUGUCCUGACAUCAAAGCAAAACAUGCGUGUCUGUCUGAAUGAUAAUCGUGUGAAUAUUAUUUCGCUGACAUAUACGUUUGCUGACGUGAAUUGUUUGGCAUAAUUGUGUACGUGAGUGAAAUUAAUUCAGAUAGAUGUGCUUUUAUGCGUGUGCACGACACAUUCAUGCGUGCCUGGCAGCCUUGUGUGCUUUUGGUACAGUUGGUCGAACACAUGAUGCGCUGCCCGAACUUCCUUUGUGGUCAUGAGGUGUGGACGUGCGAAACAGGAAUUCGCUUGUUGUUCUCGAAAAACGGCCGCAUACUUCACAGCUCAUAGUUCAGGUGCACGACCAGAGUUGGCAGCACCUGACAUGCUGAAAUUUUUUAUUCACUACGCCAUCACUACUACAAAAAAAAAAUGCAGGCCAUGAUGGCUCCUGUUGAAGCUCCAGCCUUGCUUGAAGUGACUCUCACAUUUUUUGUUAAUGGGGCAAUUUAACAAUAAGUAUGCUGCUACGGCAAACAUGCACGGUUUCCAUGUCGUGAACAAGAUCGUCCAAAAACGAGCCAAAGGGUGGUGCAUAUGGGUUAAAUAUGUUCGACCACACUGGAUUGGGCCAGCAUUUUUUGUCAAGGAAGUACACAAGUGUCGUCUCCAUGUACAGUGUGCCUUGUGCAACAUGUCGUGUAAUGCCAAGCUGUUCAUGCCUAGUCAUAUGCAGCGAGCACAAGUGAUUCUCAAGUCUUCAAGAAGCAACGCACUCCGUGCGGCGGUGAAGUGCAAGGCUUAAGAAAUCCUGUCUCUCCAUUCCUUGAUAGAGUGCAGUGCGGCAUGCCAUGGUCGCACCUUGAUUUAAGAUUGUGUAAUUUAUUCAAGUAUGCACCUUUUAUGUGCCACUUGUCUUUGUUAAUAAAGAAUAAAGCACUUUUUUUUUU